CUACUGUACCUGCGACUGAUAUCAGAUCCCUAAUUAAAUUUUUAGAAAUGAAAAAAGCCUCAGCGCCAUCGUCAAUUUCUGAAAGCUUCAGACAGAAGAAGAUUCGAUCUGUAAAAGAUCUGAAAGAGUAUAUGAUGGCAAGUAAAUCUAAAAAAGAAGAAGAAUCGUCCUCCAUGAAUCCAGUCACACCUGUCUCUAAACCCAAAAAGAAGAACCCAAUCACACUCCCAGAAAAGUAUGAAUUGUUGAUUGAUUUCUAUAAGAGUAUGGAAAAGUCAAUCAGAUUACUUAGAAUGAGACGAACAAUGACUACAUUCACUAAUGUUUCACGCAGCGUUGAAUCUCUAACAAAAAGGAGAUUUACUAUUGCAAAUUUAGCGCAAAUCAAGUAUCUAUUACCAGAGGAGAUUGUAUUAGAAAGGGUUACAAUACAACAAGACGAGUUAACUCAGUUUAAGAAGUCGGAUUUUUUGAUUUCUUUGCCCCAAAAUUAUGAACCUGGGAAGGGGUUUUCAAGUCUGGAGAAGGUCUUUCGAUCCCGCCUUAAAGAUUUUAUGAAAUCUCAUCCUCAGGAUGAUGAUGUUCCAGAGGGAAUACUGCCUCGACUAUUUAAUCCAACAAAAGAAGAUAACACUAGAGAAGCUGCCAAUCUUGUUGCGGCCUCUGUCCUACCUAGUUCUUUCAAGAGUCGAUUUUCAGCAAAGGCUCCAAUCCUAGAAUCAGAAAAAACAGACCUAUUAUCUAUUCCUUUGAAACCUUCCACCUCAAAAGCACCAGAAACCUCAGCCUUAUGUGAAAUUUCAAAGGAGGAAUCUCCUUUUUCAGCUAUUCCAUCUCCUCUUAGAUAUUCUUCUAAACUACCCAUUACUAUCAACUCAACAAAUUCAGUAAAAACACCUCCUCCAAGCCCUUUGGCAGCUUCCGUCGGAAUCAAAUCCAAGGAAAUUGAAGAUUGCUAUUCAAAAGAUGUUGGUGUCUUUGAAAUUACUCCAGCUAAAGUCAUAUCCACUCCAUCAAGGGUGAUGAUGACUGUCACACCUGAUCUCCCAACACCUAAGAGAGAACGUAAAAUACAUCAAGAAGAUGAUUCAGUUGAGUCACCAAGCAAGUUGCUUCGACGCCCACCUAGGAACAGGUCGUUGUUGUUUAAUACUCCCGUGAAGAAGGCAAAUCCCAUGGAAAAGAUAAACGAGGAGGCGAGUUCUUCGACUGGUCUAAAUAAUCUUCUUGGGACGGAGCUUGUGCAAUUGAUAAAGGAGAAUGAGAAAAGGGUAAUGGAGGAGCAAGACUCAGACCUGUCUCGUGCAAAGUUGAGGAAAAGGAUGAUUGCCAGGCUUCCGAAAAUGUUUGACAUGGUCCAUCUCAUAUUCAACUCAAUGAAGCGCAGUGUUGCCACAAAAGAGGAAGUUAUACAAAAAAUAACUGCAAACCACAUUGAUGUAAUUGAUAGAAGAGAAACUGAAGAACAGUUGGCACUUCUGAAAGAAUUACUUCCAGAAUGGAUUUCUGAGGUGGUGGCUUCUAGUGGUGAUACUCUUUUACGUAUCAAUAAGCUGAGAAGUACUGACGAAUUACGAAAAACACUUGACCAAGCCGUCUAAGUAGGUGCUCUCUUGGCUUUUCCCUGAACUAUUUUUGGGGGUCCAAGUUUCAGCCUAGCUCGAAAUAUCAUAGCUCCUUCAAUCAGCACUAGGUUUCGAAAGAUUAAAAAAAAAAGCACUAGGUUUCACUAACACUGGUUUAUUUAUUUUGUUCUUUCUUUUGCUUCCGUUUCGAGGGAAGUUUUUGAGCUUGCUGUCUACCGUGUACAUAUAUAUUACAAAUCGUGUAGCAGUUUAGGCUGAUGAUGUAACAUAAUCAAUUUAAUACAAAAACCAUUUGGCGUUCCCAUUACAAAUGUUGUCUCAGCUUUCUUGUUUGUAAUUUUAUAUUUGUUGGAUGGGUCUGUUGAAA